CAGCUCAACACCGAGGCUUAUGGAUUUCUGUUCGAAGCCCCACAGACAUCGAUGAGUUCCAACUUCCGUGGUUGGGUUUACCCCCGAGUUGGAAUUUUCGAGAGAAACGGUUUUCGAGAGAAGGAGUGAGUGAAUUAUAGCUGUCCACCGAACGGCCAUGGAGAAAGAUUGCCCCUUUCCAUACGCCAACUUUAUGGGCGAAUGUUUCUACGCGAGCAAGUACAAGCUAAAAUGGCACGAUGCCCGUCAGUACUGCCUUGAUAUGAAUGGCGACCUGGCAGUGCCCACCAUGCUCUAUGCUCUCAAGACGUAUGUGAUUGAGGAAAGAGUGUCAAGAUCAACGUGGAUUGGAGGUCUGGACGAGGAGGACGGGCAGCGGCUGGCACUGGGUGAACGGGCAGCCCAUCGACGACAAGUACUGGGCACUGGGAAACCCUGGCACGGACCCCAAGACUCGACAGUGUCUGGAGCUAACACGCAACCGCCACCCCCCUCUGAAGAACAAGCCGUGUUCCUCAGCGCUCAAGUUCAUCUGCCAAUACAACUAGAACAUGUUAUACUAAAUCAGAGAUUUUAUGUGUCUACGUUAGCUAGAUAUUUGUCGCUCCCGUGGAGUACUUAUUUUCGUAAAAACAGUAAUGACAUUUGGCUAUCAGGUGACUGGAGCAAGGUAUAUUAUUUGGAUUGUUCUAGAUAUAAAAGGUAGUUAUCAUUUAUCUUUAUAAAAGUCAUUACAUUUUGAAAUGUAUAUGCUGAUCCUGUUGGUGAAUUUGAGUACAAAUAUACU